UUUCUCUCUCUUCUCUCUUCAUUUCAAACCCAAAAAUCUCUCACUUGUGUCUCUAUCAGAAAGUGAUUGGCCACAAAACAAGGACUUUACUUCAUUACACUUCAAACUCACUUUCUGUGUAUUUUUUUCACAUUCAUAUUCUCUUCUUCAGUUUCAUUUCAAUGGUUUUCUUGAGUAACGUGCCACUUUUCUUCAUGUUUUUGUUUAUGUUGAUUGUAUGUUUCACUUGGUUUCCUCUUUUGGCUCAUAAGGGUCAUAGUUUUUCUUAACUCUGCUUCAUAGUUGUUCUUAUUAACAAAAACCCUUUUUGCAAAGAAGGGUUUUUUAUUACUUUUUUUAAGGUUUUUUUUUGGUGGGGUUUCUUAGUUUCUUUUGUUUGUUAAUGAUUUUGUAACUAUUCACAUGGAUCCCAUGAUGUUGGUUUUUUAAGGUAAUGUUUGAUUAUAGAAAUUAGUGUUUUUUUUUUUGUGUGUGUGUGUUGGGAUGGAGUGCAUUGGAAAGUGGGAGAGAGGUAUGAGUGAAUGUAAUAAUGGGUUUGGGGAAAUUGAGGAUGGGGACUCUGAGUUAGGGUUCAAUGUGUCUGUGUGAUUGCUAAAAAUUGUGUCUUUUUAAAGAGGAAAAAAAAGGUAUAGCUUGUGUGUUAUGAAGCUUUCAACAUCAGGAAUGAGUCAGCAGGGUCAUGAAGGAGGGGAGAAGAAGUGUUUGAAUUCUGAGCUAUGGCAUGCAUGUGCGGGUCCCUUAGUUUCUCUACCAACUGCAGGGACUCGUGUGGUUUACUUCCCUCAAGGUCAUAGUGAGCAGGUUUCUGCCACAACCAACAGAGAAAUUGAUGGGCAAAUACCGAAUUAUCCUAGUUUGCCGCCUCAGUUGAUAUGCCAACUUCAUAAUGUUACAAUGCAUGCAGAUGUUGAAACAGACGAAGUGUAUGCUCAAAUGACGCUACAGCCGUUGACUCCGCAAGAGCAGAAAGAUACGUUUCUUCCUAUGGAAUUGGGGAUUCCAAGUAAGCAGCCUACAAAUUAUUUUUGCAAGACAUUGACGGCGAGUGAUACAAGCACACAUGGAGGGUUCUCCGUUCCUCGUCGUGCAGCUGAGAAAGUUUUUCCUCCAUUGGAUUUCUCACAGCAACCUCCUGCUCAAGAACUUAUUGCUAGGGAUCUCCAUGAUGUUGAGUGGAAGUUUCGACAUAUUUUUCGGGGACAGCCAAAACGACACCUUCUUACCACAGGCUGGAGCGUAUUUGUUAGUGCAAAAAGACUAGUAGCUGGAGAUUCUGUGCUUUUCAUUUGGAAUGAAAAGAAUCAGCUUCUUUUGGGAAUACGUCGUGCCAGUAGGCCACAAACUGUUAUGCCAUCAUCAGUUCUUUCAAGUGAUAGCAUGCACAUUGGACUUCUUGCAGCUGCAGCACAUGCUGCAGCAACUAAUAGCUGCUUUACAGUGUUCUUUAAUCCAAGGGCUAGUCCAUCCGAGUUCGUCAUACCACUCUCAAAAUAUAUCAAAGCUGUGUACCAUACACGCGUUUCUGUCGGUAUGCGUUUCAGGAUGCUUUUUGAGACUGAAGAAUCAAGUGUCCGCAGGUACAUGGGUACUAUAACUAGCAUAAGUGACAUGGAUCCUGUUCGGUGGCCAAAUUCUCAUUGGAGGUCUGUUAAGGUUGGUUGGGAUGAAUCAACAGCUGGGGAAAGACAGCCACGGGUAUCGUUAUGGGAAAUUGAGCCUUUAACUACAUUUCCAAUGUAUCCAUCACUAUUUCCCCUUAGAUUGAAACGACCAUGGCAUCCUGGCACUUCUUCUUUUCUUGAUGGCAGAGAUGAGGCAACUAAUGGACUAAUGUGGAUGCGAGGCGGUCCUGGAGACCAUGGUCUUAAUGCCAUGAAUUUUCAAGGUGCUGGAUUGUUGCCCUGGAUGCAGCCAAGACUCGAUCCAACUUUGCUCGGAAAUGAUCAUAAUCAGCAAUACCAAGCCAUGUUGGCUGCUGCUGGUUUGCAGAACCAAGGGAAUGUAGAUCUAUUAAGGCAACAGAUGAUGAAUUUUCAACAGCCUUUCAAUUAUCAACAAUCAGGAAACCUCAGUCCCAUGCAACUUCAGCAACAACAAGCAAUUCAGCAAUCCGUAUCGACUAAUAAUAUCAUGCAACCACAAGGCCAAGGGUUGGCGGAGAAUCUUUCUCAGCACAUCCUUCAGAAAUCGCACAACAAUCGAGAAAACCAAACACAGCAACACAGUUAUCAAGAUUCAGUUUUAAUUCAAGGUGAUCCGCUCCAUCAGAAGCAACACUCUAGUUUGCCUUCACCAUCAUACACAAAACCAGAUUUCAUAGAUUCAGGCAUGAAGUUUACUGCUUCGGUUUCGCCGGGUCAAAACAUGCUUGGUUCACUUUCUUCUGAAGGGAGUGGCAAUCUGUUGAAUUUAUCCAGAAGUGGUCAUUCUAUGCUGACUGAACAGUCACCUCAACAAUCAUGGGCCUCAAAGUAUUCACCUUCGCAGGUCGAUGCCAUUGGCAAUUCGAUGUCGCAUGUGCAGUAUUCCGGAAGAGAUACAUCAAUCGUACCGCCACAUUGCAGCUCAGAUGCCCAAAAUUCUGUUCUGUUUGGGGUCAAUAUCGAUUCGUCUGGCCUUCUGCUCCCUACCACUGUCCCUCGUUAUACUACUGCAUCUGCUCAUGCCGAUGCAUCGACAAUGCCGUUAGGGGAGUCUAGUUUCCAGGGUUCUCCAUAUCCUUGCAUGCAAGAUUCAUCGGAGUUGUUGCAAAGUGCAGGGCAAGUUGAUGCGCAAAACCAGACACCGAUAUUUGUGAAGGUAUACAAAUCAGGUUCAGUAGGGCGCUCACUUGACAUCUCGCGGUUCAACAGCUAUCACGAGCUGCGGGAGGAGUUGGCUCAGAUGUUUGGAAUCGAGGGGAAAUUUGAAGAUCCUCUUAGAUCAGGCUGGCAGCUUGUAUUUGUCGACAGGGAGAACGAUGUUCUUCUCCUUGGAGACGAUCCGUGGGAAUCAUUUGUCAAUAAUGUUUGGUAUAUCAAAAUACUUUCUCCUGAAGAUAUUCAGAAAAUGGGAGAAGAAGCGAUAGAAUCCCUUGGUCCAAGUUCUGGACAAAGGAUGAACAACACUGGUGCAGAAUCUCACGACAUUGUUUCUGGACUACCAUCAUUAGGCUCACUUGAAUACUGAGAUAAUAUCACAAAGUAUUCCUUCAGAUCCUACGGUCAAAUUGACAACUACGUACUAUUAUUACUACUACUACUACUACUAUCGCGUAUUUGUUACUUAUGUUUGAGCACUAUAUAUCAACCUUGCAUAUUCUGAAUAUACUAUGUAUUGUCUAUUCCAUGUUUACUAUUAUUAUUUGUAUCAGGAUUGUUGAAAUUAUCGCAAAAGAAAGACGAAAAAUUUAGGGCAAACUUUUGGACCAAUUUGUAAACUUGUGUGCCAAAAGCAGAAAUAUGGUGUUACUGCUAUUGUUGUAGCAUUUGGUUAAAUCUUGCAUGAA